AUGGCAGCUGCGGUCGCUGUUCGGAAUGGUCUAGGGAGGAAAAAGUUGACACACUUGGUAACGGCUGAAGUCUGCGUUAAAUGUCCCAGCACUCAUGAGGUGCUGUGGAGAAGAAAUUGUUUACAAUAUAGACAGGAAACCAGCAAUGAAGACCUGCCUGCACAUAACAGAAACAGAAAGAAGUCUCAAAAGCAAUUAAGAGAGCUCAAAUAAUGGGGUUUAUGUCAGUUAUGUACAAGGAUCCUGCAUAUCGCAAAGACCCUAAAGUUUGUAACAUCAAAUAUCGGGAAUAAAUUACAUAAGG